UAUUAAAUAGAUUGAGUGGAAUGGGGAUAAAGGAGCAGGCGUUCGGGUUUAUUGUGUUCCGAUGGAAACAGGGGGCUGCUGCUGCUUCCAAAGUGCCAGAAUUUCUCCUUCUCAAAGCAGUUGAGGGUCACUGGAGUCCACCAAAAGGUCACCCCGAGGGCAACGAGACUGGAUUGGAGUCUGCCUACAGAGAAACUGAGGAGGAGGCGGGAUACAAAAAACACCAGCUCAAGGUCUACGAGGACUUCGAGAGACAUUUGCAUUAUGACGUAAGAAGUAGAGUGGACCCUACUAGUACUGUUCGAAAAAGGAGCUCGUAUUGGCUAGCCAGACUUCUCAAUCCAGCCGACCCUGUUUUGAUCUCUGACGAACACACUAUAUUUGUGUGGCAAGAGUUAGCUGAUGCUAUUAAGACAGCCCAGUUUGAAGACCUGCAAGCGUUGUUAACUGAUUCUGCCGAUUUCAUCUCAAAACUUGAAGAAUCAUGAUUGAUAGAAAACUUGUUUAAAAUUAUAUGCUGGUCAAAACUUAAUCAUAUCCUAUUUCUGUUCGUAUAGUUAAAUUUUAGCAAUUGAAGAAUGGCUGUUGAAGUGAUUAGUUGCAGGUUUAAAGAUAUAUUCUUACGAUUUGAGAUGUAAGUGACGUUUUUUUUCAGACCUCAAUGUCAAACAAUUUCAGCGCAAUUUUGCGAUGGAGUAAAAUUAUACAAAUGGAUUAUGCACGCUACGUUAAGUUUUAAACUUCUGGCGCGCAACGGAUUGAUUGAAAUAUGGGUGAUAAGUCAGGAAAUAGAAAUAGUGU